GCAGCUAAACUCGAUCCCUCUCCCGCGCAUGAGUGAGAAGAGAAGCAGCAGCGACGACAAACAAAACCUCCACUACCGGAGUAAAUCCGGUACAGAAUAGUGAGUUGGCUCCUCGACUAAAGUCACCAACUCCCUACCUUCAAUCAAGGAUGCUCUAUCAACCUAGUCAGAUAUUCUCAUUCUAGGUCAAAGCAGAAACAACAGGAAUUUGAUCAGGAUUCAUGCCAUUCAAUCAUUCAAACCUCAAUCGAAUAUAAUCAACUCAUAGAAUCAGUACUUGGGUUCAUACAAUCAAACCUAACAUACAAAUCUAGGGUUCUCCAUACCCAGAUGAAUGGGAGAACUACUCCAUAGAGAAAGAAGCAAAAGCAGAAUCAGACGCGGAAUUCAUACUGUGAAGGAUGGAUUCCUGCUCCUGGACGUUGAUCGGCACUUCUCCAAGCUCAAACUGGCCUCCAAUGGUGAUGAAGAUCAAGCUAGGGCACUUGGAAACUCUUGUUCGUCGCUUUCUCUCUCUAGGAACUGAUCUCUCUCUCAAAAACUCGAAUCUCCCCGAAUUGUGGCUGAAAAUCUGCUUAAAAGCAAAAAAUCCCGACUCACACGGCCAAGGUGGCACGGCCGUGUGGCUUACCCAGUUGCCCGUGUGAGUCAAAACGCUGCGUUCCAAUUAGUUCGAUCUUCAGGCUUCUCACACGGCCAGGGUCGCACGGCCGUGUGAGAUUUCCAUCUGCCCGUGUUUGCUCUCGCAGAAAUCCACACGGCCAGACCACUCCUUCACACGGCCGUGUGGAUAUCAGGGCAGGCCGUGUUUGCCCUCGCACAAUCUCACACGGCCAAAGUGGUCACUUGCACGGCCGUGUGAGUUGUGGGUGUGCCCGUGUGACCUCCUUUGUGACUUGUCUCGCGCCCGAUCUUCGCCCAAUCGACCCCGAACUCGCUCCUAAGCCUUCAUUCACUUGCCAGGACCUGAAAUAUCACAAACAAGCACAACCUAGCGUGAAAUCGGUCUAAAACACGAGAAACCACAUCUCCAACGGUGUAAGAAAAAGGGUGAAAACAUGUGUAAUUAAAGGUCUAUCAUUGAGCGAAAAAAUCGCCAUUCUGUUGAGCUUACUAGAGCUCUUUUACAUGCCUCCUCCAUUCCCUCUCGGUUCUGGCCUGAAGCACUGGCUACUGCUAUUCGUCUUAUCAAUUACCAAGUAACACCCAUUCUAAAAAAUGUUAGUCCCUAUUAUGCUCUUCAUUCCUUCCAUCCUCCUUAUGCGCGCCUUCGCGUAUUUGGCUGUCUCUGUUUCGUCCUUCUUCCUCGUCGUGAGCGUGAUAAAAUGUCUUCUAAAACGUCUCGUUGUGUGUUCCUGGGGUAUAGUGACAUCCACAAAGGGUAUUUGUGUUAUGAUCCUUCUGCUGAUCGUAUUCGUAUCUCGUGUCAUGUUGUGUUCUUUGAAAAUGUCACGUACUAUGAGUCCUUGUCUAGUUCCUCCAAUCCUCCAUUGUUUUCGUCGACUCGGCUCCCUGUCUUUGAAGAUGAUGGUGAACAGGAUGAAGAACCCCCUCCCGAGACGCCUCCCGAGACACCUCUUGGUUCUCCCGACUCGCCCGGUUCCUCAUCUAGCUCGUCGUCCGACUACUCCGUGGCGUCUCCUGACGUCACAUCCUCCAGCUCGGCUGAGAGCUCCCCACCACCUGCAGCUGUUCGAAGGUCCACUCGGGCCAAUUUUGGAAAGCCACCUGCUAGGCUUGGUGAAUUUUAUGCUCACAGCGUCACUCCCAUUACUAUUCUGACCCGCUAUUCACAGGCAAAGAAUGAUCCUCGGUGGCAAGCUGCCAUGGGUGAGGAGUUUUAUGCUCUUGAUCAGAACCAUACUUGGUCAAUUGUUGAUCGUCCUCCUCCUCCCACUCCCAUGGUAGGUUGUCGUUGGCUUUACAUGGUGAAAUAUCAUCCUGACGGCAGUUUGGAGCGGUUUCGGGCACGUUUGGUUGCACAGGGAUUCACACAGGAAUAUGGCAUCGAUUUUGAGGAGACUUUUGCUCCAGUGGCUAAGAUGCCCACUGUUCGUACUCUUCUCGCUGUUGCUGCCGUUCGUAAUUGGCCGUUGUUUCAGUUUGAUAUCAAGAAUGCCUUCCUUCACGGUGACUUGAAGGAGGUUGUGUAUAUGGAGAUUCCGCCUGGGCAUCCUGAUAGUUCUCCGGGCAAGGUAUGCUUACUUCAUCGUUCUCUGUACGGUCUCAAACAGGCUCCCCGAGCCUGGUUUGAGAAAUUUCAGCAGACUAUUUUGGGUUUUGGCUUUCACCAGAGUCGUAAUGAUCCGUCCCUCUUCACUCGUACUAAUCCUCGUGGCCGUGUUGUUCUUUUGAUAUACGUCGAUGACAUGAUUGUCACUGGCGAUGAUCUGGAUGGUAUCUCCAAGCUGAAGGCUGAUCUCCAUGCUCAUUUUCACCUCAAGGAACUCGGCCACUUGUCUUAUUUUUUGGGCAUUGAAGUACAUCGUUCUGAUCGUGGUAUUCUCUUUUCUCAGCAUAAAUACAUUAAUGAUCUUCUUGAUGAUCACCGGUUUGCAUACUGUCUUCCUGUUCGCACUCCUAUUGAGCUUAACUUGAAGCUUGGGAAGGAGUCUGGCACUCCGUUAGUAGAUGGUCGCAUCUAUCGCAGUAUUGUUGGCAGUCUCAUUUACUUGGUUGCUACUCGACCCGACAUUGCCUAUGCUGUACAGGUUGUAAGUCAGUUCAUGGCUGCCCCUCGCACUGACCAUUUGGCUGCCGUUCACCGUAUUCUUCGAUAUCUUCAAGGGACUCGAGAUGUUGGCCUUUUUCUUCCUUCGACUGGUGAUUUUCACUUAAGAGCCUAUUCUGAUUCCGAAUAUGCGGGUUGUAUUGAUACCCGUCGCUCUACGACGGGCUGGUGUAUCCAAUUUGGCUCAGCUUUUAUUUCAUGGAGAUGCAAGAAGCAAGACAAGGUUUCCAAAUCGUCUACCGAGGCGGAAUAUCGAGCUAUGUCUGAUUGUGGUUCGGAGAUGGAGUGGUUGUCCCGAUUACUUGGUGAUCUUGGUGUAGCUAUUCCUACUCCGAUGGUUCUUCAUGUCGACAAUACGAGCGCCAUCCAGAUCGCGGUUAAUCCGGUGCUUCAUAAUCGUACCAAGCAUAUCGAGGUUCACGUUCACUAUAUUCGUGAUCUUGUUGGUGCUGGUACUAUUCGGAUGCGCUAUAUUCCCACCGAAGAAUAGGUCGCUGAUCUACUUACCAAGUCCUUCACCACAAGUCGUCACUGGUUCCUAUCUGGCAAAUUGAUGCUUCGGAACCAGCAUCAAUUUGGGGGAGCCUGUUAGAGCCCAUGAGGGCCUCGUACAUAUAUAUAUAUAUAUAUAUAUAUAUAUAUAUAUAUAUUGUGGGCCUUAAGCCCAUGCAUCCCAUGCGUGUAAGGGCCGACGUGCGUAGGCUAGGGCUAGGGUUAGGUUACAUUAACUUCACCUUUGCCUUCUCCCUCUGUACCGAGAUAUAUAUAUGUACAAUGUAUGGUGAAGCUACGGUAAGAUAAUAAGAUCAGUAGCGGGAGAGUCUUCAAGCUCUCCUCACCCGUGGACUAGUCCUGAUACAUCAAGGAUACCACGUAAAUCUGUUGUUCCGUUCUUAUUUCGUUCAAUAUGUCUAACAGAUUAUUCCAUGCGGUGGCGUCUACUCCCGACAUCUCCUGUCGUUUCUUCCUCUUUUUGAUACUUGUGCAAGUUUCUUCUUCCUCUUGUAUUGCUGGUUGAUGGCCUGGUGAGGUUUGAUUGCAGAGCUAAAGGCUAACGGGAUUGGAAGAUAUAGACAAGGGUGUGGCGUCAAUCUCACCAACCUAAUCUUCCAUAUGAGUUGUGGGGCGCCGUCGACAUCAUUUUAAUUAAAUCUGUUAGCGGAAGCCAAAACCAGGGACUAAGAUGGUGGUGCUCAACAUAGGCGAUCGAGGCAACGAUGACUAAUAUUAAUAUGGUGGCUGUCGAAAUAGGCGGCCAAGGCAACGGCUAGGAAAAUCGACAUUCGAUUGGAGGUUCUAUUCGAGAAAAAAGACAUGGAAGUAAAUCGCCGGCGACAGAACGCCGGCUAGCGAUACUGACAGGGAGGGAGAAGGGCGUUUCCGAACUCGGGAUUUCGGAGUCAGGAGGUCGGCGGCCAGCGAAAUCCUCCGGCGUCAGUGAAAACGAAGGAGGGGGACUCAGAGCCGACGGUUACAGUUUCUCUCUAGGCGAAGGAUUGAACGCCACCAAUGGGGAGACCACCCCACUACCCAACAAUUAUUUUAUAUUGGGUUUUUUUUAUUGAUUUGGGAUAUACAAUAAUUAAAAUCAAAAUUAGAAGUAUUUAUGAGUAAAUGAGGGGUAAUUGA